GGAAGAAUAGCUAGGUUAGCUAGCUAGUGUUCGCGUAAGCUGCUGCCACGUUAUGGAUCGAAUAGACACAACGUUUACUUUUGCUUAUGUUGUAUUUGUUAUAUGCGUUCUGUUCACACCUAAUGAAUUUCGUUCGGCGGGUUUGACGGUGCAGAAUAUUUUCUCAGAAUGGCUCGGCAGCGAAGACAUUGGCUUUAUUCAAUAUCACAUCAAGAGAACGACCCUAACUUUUUUACUACACUGCUCUUUACCACUUGGCUACUACAUAGGAAUGUGUUUUGCGGAACCAGAAGAGAGUCUUAUUUACAUUCAUCUAGCAAGUCCGGGGUGGCAGCUCUAUUUUGUACUCUCAAUGGCUUUUCAGCUUUUGGGUGCUGCCAUUGCAUUCUAUUGGUCCACACGUGAAUGGGCAAAUCAUCCAAUAUCUAAGACACUGAGCACAUUUGCCUUACCACAGUCCAGCUGGAGGGCAGUUGCAUCAUCCAUCAACACAGAAUUUCGCCGGAUUGAGAAAUUUGCAACAGGUCCACCUGAUGCCAGAGUAAUUGUCACUGAUACUUGGGUGAUGAAGGUUACAACAUACUGGCUGCAUGUUGCUCAACAACAGGAUACGCAUUUGACUGUUAUAGGCUCAAAACAACAUGACCUGUCUCCUGACUCAAAUACUCCAGUUCAGAUUCUUACUAUUUCUGUUGCUAGUAUUAAUCCCAGAAUUAAAUCUUUUAACAUAAGGUUGAAUUCAACAGAGUAUGGAGAAUUAUGUGAGAAAUUGCAUGCCCCAAUCAGAAAUGCUACUAAUGUGGUUGUCCAUUUGACUCUGAGUGAGCUGUUCCUGGAAACCUUUAAAUCUCAUGUUGAAAUUAACCAAGUUUACAAAUACAGAAGUGGACAGGAACUAGAGCCUUGUAUUGGAUGUAUGCAGACAAUCGCCAACAUAAAACUAAUGCGCCUAUGCCAAGAUGAUGGCGAGUGCCAGGAGUGCUACUGCCGCCCUAUGUGGUGCAUUGUUUGCAUGGGGAAAUGGUUUGCAAGCCGCCAAGAUCAGACGCGCCCUGAGACUUGGCUGAGCAGCAUGGUACCCUGCCCUACUUGUAGAGCUAAGUUCUGUAUUUUAGAUGUUUGCCUUGUUGAUUCAUAAUAUUGUUAUUGCUGUUAUUUUGACAGAGGUAAUUGUAUUGUAAUAUUUACAGAUAUUUAUUGGCAUUGUUUGUAUUAAUUUAGAAAUAAAAGAUACACGUCAAAAUUAAGCUGUGUACUUUAUUAGAAAACUCUUUUUAGCCCACGGAGUAAGCUGCCACAGUGCCUUGAAAACUGCUUCAUGUCCUGAAAUAGAUUAAAUGGUAAAUAUGAAAAAUGA